UGGACACUGCUGAUUGGGGAAAUGGGGCCUUUGCCGUUUACCCGAAGGAUCAUAGUGUUUCCCUUAUAGGUUAAUAGUUUCCCCAUAGGUGGGGUGUCUUUAGCCUGACAUCCAGCACAUAUCAUAUUGAUCUGCAUGCCAACCAACCACCAAGACGCGCGGUUCCUUUCUCUUUUUUCCCUUUGUGUAACCACAUGGAUCUAUUCUCAUAUACCCCCCUUUUUAAACCAAAAAAUAAAACAAAAUAAAAAAUGGCUUCCGUCACCAGCUUCCCGGAGGUCCCUCGCUUGACGCAAAUAGAGCGCAUCGGCCCCAAGGGGUACCUGCGUUAUGUCUUCAACUUUGCCCUCCCAGAGGACUAUGACCUCGAAGCAGUGGCAGCGGCCCUGCAAACGGGUUAUGACGCCACCAAGGAGCGGAUGGGAAUCCUCCGCUGCGAGGCCAUGCCGGAUCCGGACGCCGGCCAGGAGGGCGUUUUCAAGCCGGUCGAGAUGCCGGCCGACGACGAAAUCGAUAAAAUCACCGUCAAGGACUUGAGGAAGACGUUUGGCCAGACGCACGCCCAACUCCGGGACAAGGGCUUUCCUGUUUCUGCAUUCGAGGCGGAUGUUGUCAUGCGGCGCGGAGUGUGGCCUCAGCCCGGCGAGCGUCUGCCAAUCUCUUUGCUGCAGGCAAAUUUCAUCGAGGGCGGACUGGUUCUGACUUGGUGCAUAUUGCAUGUGUUUGGCGACGGCACCACAUUCCACCAAUGGAUGCGCAUCUGGGCCGAAGAGGUUAGGAAAGCCGAAGGAGUGGAAAUCACCGAGCCGCUUGUCUUUGACUCGGCCAUGUGGACGGACCGUGAGCAGAUCAUGAAGCCGAGCGGCAAGAAUGCCGGGCGCCCUGAGGACCACCCCGAAUACACGGUGCUGCCCUUUACCCCUCCAGGCAUGCCGCCUAAGAUGCUGUCGGAUGCCCACCGCGGCAAGGUCUUUUACUUCUCCCCCGAGGCGCUCAAGGAGCUCAAGACCGAAGCCGACCCCAAGACCAAGGCGCUCCAGGACAUUGGCGGCCAGGACUGGGUGUCGACCAACGACGCCUUGUCGGCCCUACUCUGGCGGACCGUCAUGUCGGUGCAGCACGGACACAUGCUCGACCAGCUCGAGGGCGACCCCGUCUCCGUGUUCAACGUCGCCAUCGACGGGCGCCAGAGGACGAACCCGGCGGUGCACCCGGCCACGCUGGGCUGCUUCCUCGAGUACGUGGCCGCGUCUGCCAGCGUGCGGGACAUGCUGGACUCGGCCAAGACGAGCGUGGCGGAUCUGGCCGUGCUCAUCAGGAAGGCCGUGGCGCGGGCGACCAAGGAACACACCGACGACGUCAUGACGCUGGCGGCCAAGCUCGAGGACGUCAACCGACUGGUGCCCACUGCGUUCCUCGACGUCCCCGGCUUCCACUGCAUCCAAACGAGCUGGGUCGGCUUUGAGCUGUACGGGCUGGAGUGGGGACCCAGGCUGGGCAGGGUCGAAGCUGUGAGGUCGCCACACGUGGGCGUCAUCAACGGACUGCAGGUUGUUUUCCCGAUUCUGCCGGAUGGUGGAUGGGAGGUCUUGGUUGGUGUCGAGGAGAGCUGUUUGGACCGACUGAUGGAGGAGCCAUUGUGGAACAAGUUUGCGAAAGCAAAGUAAGAUUUUUUUGUGGUUUCCUGCUGCAAUGAGGUUGAGAACCCGCUAGAACUACCUAGGUCUGGGUCUGGGCCCAAGGUGAAAACGGAAAUGGCGGUUGACGUCUUGCUGUUUUGGGAGCCGCACGCACUUUUAGGGAAGUGGGGGGGGAACCAACGAUCGCCUCAUGCAGGGUACCUAGCAACUCAUCCUGCAGCUCGUGUCUGAGUAGACGCUGCAUUUUCAAGGGCUUGCCUUCCCCUUUCGUAAUCCUUUCAACCUUGCAUUAGUACUCUCUGCUCUGAAAUUAAUCCAGUCCAUCUUAUGCAGCCCAUCACACGUAUCAAAAAGCCU